AACGGAAAAUGAUACCGAAGACUAGACUUGGGAAACGGUCACCACUGGGCACCCUGGUGUGUGGUUCCUCUGCGGAGGGCCUGACAGAAACGGGACCCCAUGGAUGCCCGGACAGUGGGCUUCACAGAAGCAAGCUUUACCCGGGACAGAAGGUGUAUGUGCACUGCGGCGGCCACGAAUGUGGAGGUGUGGUCGAACAGCAUAACCACGUGGACAAUGAAGUGUCUAUCUUCCUGCCGCAGCUCAACCAGCAUGUUCAUCGCAAGCUGGAAGAUGUGUGGACGAGCCCCACGUCCAGUUCUACCUCCUCAGUCUCCUCGUCCAUUGAUGUGCCAAGAAGGAGUCCAGAGACAGUGGACAUGGAUGAGAUUAUGGCUGCAAUGGUGCUUACAAGUCUGUCGUGCAGUCCAGUCAUCCAACACUCUGCUCCAGGGAGCGCAACUCAAGCUUUGUGUGGAAUGGAAAAUGGUGGUGGCGAACUGUCUGAUGGUGGAUAUUGGAGCUGCGACCAUGGAAAUGGAAGCCCCGCCCCAUCCCCACCCAUCGCAGAGAUGGACACGAGCGCCCCUCUCGUCGACGAAGGCCUGGACAUGGAACUAGACCAAAUGUUGUUCAACAAGCCAACGGCAAGGAAACGCAAGAACUCAGUAAAAGUUGCAUAUCGGUGCUUGUGGCCAAAUUGUGGAAAAAUACUGACCACAGUAGUGGGCAUCAAACGUCACAUCCGAAAUUCUCAUCUUGGACAAAGUGAUGAGCACUCCCAAAGGGAAGAAGACUUCUACUACACUGAAGUCUAUCAGGACUUGGAACAGACUACUCCCUCUGGUGGCCACCGGCCUUCCUGCACUUCUCCAUCCAGUCCCAGCCGGCUCACGCCCACACCUCCCUCCACCCCUGACAUGCUCCAGCCCAGCCCGCUCAGCCAGUCCGCCCCGGGCAGCUUCUGGCAGGUCCAUUCUGAGCACUCUUACCAGGUUGUGACUCAGAGCAAACCAGUGUCUGUUCCUGUGUCCUGUCAUUGGACUCCAUCUCUCACAGUUCACCAGAGCAAACAGGGCUCACCAUUCCGCGGUCGUUCAGUUAGUGUUGGUGAACAGUGGCUCCAAAAUAACAAUGCCACCUUCAGGCCACAUCCUGCCAGUGUUUCACCUCCAAGAAACCAUUGCACUUCAAGGAGGAUUCGGGGCGAAGCCAAGAAAUGCCGAAAGGUAUACGGCAUUGAACACCGAGACCAGUGGUGCACCGCCUGCCGCUGGAAAAAGGCCUGUCAGAGAUUCCUCGACUGAAUCCUUCUUUAGAUUGCUGGAAACAGAACACUAACCUUACAGAGACAGAGAGGUCUUACCUGGACCUUACACUUACAGAGAGGUCUUACCUGGAACUAUGGUUGGAAGAAA